UGUCGAAAAAGUGGAUUUGGCUCUUCUCUCUCCCGGCAAGACUGCUUCUGUCUAUUAAAAAAGAUGACGCAGGGAAAGUUAGAGCUUCCUUUCGGUAGAGAGAGGCCCAGUUUGCAAGAGCCAUAAAAAUCAAAGCAGUAAACAAUGGGUUGGAUCCAAACUAAGGCUGCAGUCCUAACCACGUCUACUCAGAAGUCAGUCCCAAUGAAUUCAGUGGGGCUUUCUCCCAGGUUGUGAUGGCACAUCCAAACCAUAUCUGGUCCCAUUGUUCAGGACAAGUCAAAGAUUUUCAUAGGUGUGCUAGCUCCAGUGGGUCUGGGAGAUGGAAUCUGCAAAGGACCCAAGAGAAGGACGUUCUAAACAGUCCCCUGCCUGACUAUCAACAGUAUCUCCAAAGGCUACUGGGCUCUGAGAGAGCUUUAUACUUCUUGCAUCCACCUGCCAUGGAGCAGCCAGUGAACCCUAGGGUGCAGCACCUGCUGGUGGUUGGUUUAGGCAUGGGUGCUAAGGAGGUCUGGAGGGCCCUGCAUGAGGAACCUAAAUGCCAACGUGAGAUUGCAGCAGCUAAGAAAGGCCCCUCGCUUUCUCAGCAGGUGAGAGACUGGAAUAUCCUCGGUUGGCAAGAUAAGAAGGUACCCUGGCUUGGACGUCCUGCUACUAUGCACCGACUGCAGCAAGUAACCGAGUGGCGGCAACAGCUGCAUGCAAUGCACCAGCUGGGGAAGCAACGCCAACGCACAGCCAGCCACCUCCUAGCCGCAAAACACCUCACUGACCUUAGUGACAACUAUGGAACUGAAGGGCCAACCCGCUACUUCCAUUGCACUUUGAAACAAUAAACAGGUGCCAGUGAACUUAGCAUAGAUAAUUCUGGGGCUGCAGGGGGCUACUAGCAGGGUUAUAGCCACAGAGCAGUGCUUCCAAACUUUUUUUCCCCACCUGAAAAUCGCUGAGGGUCUUGGCAGAUCACUUAAUAUUUUUUUCUGCCCGUUUUAGCAAUUACUGUGUGCUGUGCUAGAUGCUGUAUGAUUUUUAAAUUGUAAUCCAAUAAAUUCAAAUUGAUUCAAAUACAAUAAAAUCCAUAGAAUUAAAAUUGUAAUUAAAUAAAAUACAAUAAAGGAAAUAAAAGAAGCAAUGAAAUGCAAUUAAAAAUCAAUAUGAAUAUUUCAUACAAGGAUGUGCUGUCUCCCAUCUUCACAAAUCCACAGACAUGGCAUGGACCACCUGAAUGAAGGACUACAGUUUGGGAACCCUCGUUAUAGAGAGCAUGGCCUGCAGAAGCCUGUCCGCUCUUGGAAAUAAUCCAGAAUCCCACCUCUGUUUAGUUUUAAUUUUUAAAGUCUGUAGCUCUUCUACUGAGGUAUAAAAGUAGAUGGUGUUCUAUUUGGUUGCCCAGUAAGAAGUAAACUGGUUCCUGCUUUCCACUUUCUGGCCAACAAGUGCAAAAGUGCUGCUAUAACUGACAAGCGCUUCUUCUGUAUUAGAUUAAUAGUCUGUUCUUCAAAGGUUCCCAGACCUUUUAAAGGAGCUUUACUUAACACUUUUCAAGCAGCUCUCUCUCUCUGGGGAUCUCAUGUGCGGUUAGCAAGUUUACUGGCCUUGUAGAAGUGCUGUACAGAUUGUUUCCACCUGUGCUCUACUUCGUAUAUUUGUAAAUAAAUAAAAUAUUACAAAACCCUUGUAAGUCUCCAGUGAUCUCUCCCCUUCCAAAGGAAGCCAAACCUUGCCAAAGUGUGUAAACUGCUCCCGGAACUUCUCUCCACUCAAG